AUGAUUUUUCGUCUCCUGCGUUACACAGACCGGCAGGCCAUCCUGGACGGGGCGAGGAAGAGCAGACCAACACUUCAGGACGGGACCCCGCUGUGGUUUUCCCCGGACUACAGCAUCACGACGAGUCAACGGAGGCAGGCGUAUAAUGAAGUCCGGGCUAAGCUUCGCAAAAAGGGGAUCAACACGUUUCUGAUUUAUCCAGCAAUCCUGAAGGUGAAUCAUAAUGGUCAACGCUGGUCCUUCAACACUCCUGAUGAAGCCAAAGAGACGCUGACUACGCUGCUUGAGGAGACCAGCGAGGACCCGGUUACAGCUGACUCUCAAUGA